AUGUCGGAAUCAGCAGCGCAACAACUCGUGAAUCUCAUUGCGAAGGCAGUCAAAGACAUUGAAGAAGACAUUUCAGCCCGAAUCCCAGGUGGUGCACCCACGGACGUGAACCUGCCUCAAGUUGCUCCUGAAGACAGCUUGCCCUUAACUUCGCAGCGCAGAGAUGCCAUCCGAACCUUGAAAGCAGCUACACACCAGCUACUUUCUACUUUAACGCCAGUCGGCCUACAAGUCCAAGAACUCCAACACUCCCAUUUUCAGACCGCUGCAAUAGGCAUUGUGGUAGAAGGUCGGAUUGCAGACUUGAUUCACUCUAUCGAUCCCGACUCAAGCAAAGGAGGCGUCGAUGUCGAACUACUGGCCCAGAAGGCGGGGAUGGACCCCCGAAAGCUAACGCACACCUUGCGUUUCCUGGCCUUGCGGAAUGUGUUCUGCGAAUUGGCUCCCAAUCACUGGGGCAACACUCGAUCCUCGUUCCCUCUGCGGACCGAUUCACCGAACAGCCAAUGGAAUUACCUCAAGACGAACAGAGAACACACCGCAAUACCGGCGUUAACCGAGCUUCCUGCUGUUUUUUUGGACUCCGAAGGUGGGGGGGCCAUGAGCUGGGAUCUUCCUCAGACUGCAUUUCAAAAAUGCUAUAAGCCCGGUUGUGGAUUUUUUGAGUUCUUGGAAAAAGGGGACAAUGGUUUGAAGGCGGAGAUGUUUGGGAAAAGUAUGAUCGAGAUGGCCAAGGCUACCAGUUCUGGACCAGCGGAUUACCAACCAUUCCAUUGGCAGAAACUGGGCCCGACCGGUGUCAUGGUUGAUGUGGGAGGUGGGAUCGGUGGAGCUGCGUAUGAUAUUUAUACGUUUCUGCCCAGCUGGAAGAUAGUGGUACAGGACCGACCUGAAAUAGUAAAGAAUGGGAAAGAAAACUAUAGGCAAAGUCGCUCAUCAGCCGACAUUGAAUUUGAGGAAGCGGACUUUUUCAUGGACCAGCCUGCGCAUCGGGCUGGAAAGGCAGAUGUUUACUUCCUUCGACGUGUUCUGCAUGAUUGGCCGUUCACGUCUUGCGUCCAGAUUUUAACCCGCUUACGACGCAGUGCGAAGCCAACGACGCGUUUGUUGGUUUGUGAGACAGGCCUCGUGCCUGGGCUAGUUGACCCGGAUUCACCAAUCCUCUCGAAUGGAGGGAUGUCUUCAUCCUUGGCCCAUAGUUUAAAUCUCUCUAUGCUUACUCUUUUUAAUUCGGAAGAACGUAGCAAAGAAGAUUUUGAAGAAAUCUUUAGCGCGUCUGGCUGGAAAUUGCAGUCGGUAACUCCGCUAGCUUCAUUCUUAGAUUGGUGCAUCUUUGAAGGAGUACCGAAUCCCGAUUUUCAGUAA